CCGGUUGCGGCGCGGGCCCCUUCGGGGGUCUCGGAAUGCCCCCGGCGUCCGGAUUUCGGCGAAGGGGUUUACUGUGGGCUUCCAUGGCAGGCCGGCGCGCCCCAUUUCGAACGAGGCAGGCCGGGGCCGCAGGGCGGGGGGAAGCAAGGCAGCAGGGCCGGCCCUCGCAAAUUUUCGAACUUUUGGGCGCCCCCCCUCCGGCCCCCCGACUUGGUGGAGGAGCCGCGGCCGGAGCAUUUUCUUCUGGGCACUCGCGAGCUUCCGCGUCUGGCGCCUCGUCGGAAGGUCUGAAGCUGUGGCGCAAGCGCGAUCCGCGCCACGUUGUAGCAGCUACGACGUCAUGCAGAUUGGGCGGGAAGGUGAAGACGAUGACGGCGCCCCGGAAGCCCUUGCGACCCCGGGCCACAAUGCCGGGGCCGGUAUCGGGCCCGGCGCCCACCACAGGUCGGCCGGAGAAAGGUUGUUGCGCGCCUCUGCCG